UCUAUCUUCAACAUCCACUUCAGCGUCGUGGCUUCCCUCCCUCUCUGCCCUCGUGUCUUGCGCGCGCCCGCGCUCACACCGAACAGACCUGUCCCUCGUCGACCCGACCAUUCAACUGCUCCUGGCUGCUUGCCCGACUCCUUGUGCGAGUAGGACUGGAAUCCCGUCGGGACUCAUCCAAACCCGUCACCUUCACGGUGUCCUGCUUGGAUCUGUCACCCGUCGCUCCGGUCAUUCUACUGCUCGCGCAAGAGCCCCCAAUGCACCCCGAGUAGGGUCGGGAUCACGCCGGAACCCGUUCUGUCUACGAUAAGCUUGCGACGGACUCCCGGCGAUAGGGAGGAAAGGGACAACGCCAUGACCACAGUAAGUAUCAUUUAUCCUGGUGCCUACUCGCUACGUCCUCUACGUGCACAUCUAGAAGGUUGAACAAAAGCGAAUACAACAUGUCGUCAGGCAAGGACGUGCGCGUUGUCCACACGGUCUUUGCGGUGCGUGAAGACCAAGAUGGACGGCAGCCCGUAUUUGUUGACCAGCCCUUGAAACUUGACGCCAUGUCCAAGUCCUCAUCAUCAGUUCUCUUCCGUCUUAGUGUCUCCAUCACCGACAGCGCUUCGGCCAAAACCAUCAUUUAUCUGCAGAUCACACCUGACCGUAUCGCUUUGCUGCGCAAUACGACUUGCGACACGAGCGACACGAGCGAUCGAAGCCCGCCUUUCCUCGAACAGGUUCGUCAGCAACUGGGCGGCAUUCGCUUCGUAACCCGCCUCCAGUUUCAGCUGCACAGCGGCAUCCAUGCCCAGCUCGUUGUGCCGACCGGUUUCACUAUCGAUGAGGCCUCUGACAGCCUGACGCGGCGUACCUUUAGCUCUGCCACCUUGCUCGCGACCGCUUCGUCGUUUUCCUUAUACAUUCCGCCCAACGCCUUACCGAAGAUGAAGUUUCAAAGUUUGGCCCAGGCUGUUCGGCAGUUUCCAACUCUGACGGCAGCCCAGCGCCAGGCGUAUGAGCGCAUGGUGGAUCUGCGCAGGCUGUAUCAUGGGAAAGGUGGCAUUGUGUUUAUACCCGAAUACCACAAAAGUCCUCUGCCGGAAAAGGACCGCAAAAGAUCUUCCACACCGGCCACGACCGACUCGUACGCGACCACCGUUCCCUUUGAUACUCCCCCACGCUACCAAGAGUCACCACCGCGGUAUGAUAAAUGCCCGGGAGACGGACAGCAGCCGAAGGCCAGUUCAGAUGCCACAGCCAUCUCCGCCGAAAGUCCCAGCGGCGACUGUGCCCCGCCAGGGUACAACGACACCGAAUGGCAGCACAGUGUUUCGAAAGCUACGAAGCGCGUGCUACACUGCGGGAGCGAAGACACUGACCUACAUCCAACCUACAAGAAGAAAUACUCGCGUGCCACCGGUUGCACAACGUCGGCGUCUACAAGAAACGCCCAACGUCCAGCAAAAAUGUCGUCGUCUCAGCUUGUAGAUCCGGACUACUCUGAAAGCAGGUUGAGGUUCCUGCUCGAACGGCAACGCCAACAAAUCGAACAGCUGCAAGCGGAUAUCGAGGGACUUCAGCGGCGCAACAAAGAGCUCGAGGGACGACAUGACGAGCUGGAGGAAAACUGCUACGAUUUGGAGAAUCGUCAGGUCGAAUCCGAAGAGACUAUUGAGUCUCUGCUCAUCCACACUGGCGAGCUUGAUGACGAGUGCGAGAAGCUUGGGAAACAGAUGCCAGACAUUUGUGAUGAGAUGGAGGACUGGAUGAAGGACAACAUGGGAGACAAAAUGAAAGAAUCUAUGGAGAGCUGGCUCAAGGAGAAUAUGGCGGAAACCAUAAAAGGAUAUAUCAACGACCAAGUGGCAGCCCAAAUAGCUCAAGUGAAGACAAAGAUGCGCAGAGCCCUUCAAGGAUAGGCAGCGCUCGUGCGAAUUUCCAUUAAAUAUUCUC